AUGCCAAGCACCCUCUGGCAAACAACCUUACCUAAUGCACACGGGGGUCACCAAGGCAUUGUGUGGACCAAACAGAUGGUCAGGGAGAGGGUUUGGUGGCCAGGUAUCACACAUCAAGUGGAGACAAUGGUCAAGGCGUAUCUACCCUGCCAAUCUGUUGCGGGCAAGUCUACUGCAGAGCCACUCCGACCUACAGUGAUGCCUGACAAACCAUGGCAAGAGGUACACAUCGAUCUCUGUGGACCGUUCCCUACAGGAGAAAGUCUCGUGGUUUGUGAAGAUGCAUGUACGCGCUGGCCUGAAGUAGUCCUUUUACGCUCAACUACCUCUGCGGCCAUAAUCGGACAUCUUCUAAAGAUAUUUGCUGUACAUGGGCUUCCAGACAAAGUAGUAACAGAUAAAGGAGCAAAUCUUGUCUCGGAGGAAUUUGAGGAGUACCUGGCAACGCAUGGCAUCCAGCAUCGGAAGGUCACCCCCUACUGGCCACAGGCGAAUGGUAAGGACCAACAAGCCAAGCAGCGCACACAGGUUUAUGCAGACAAGAGAAACAGAGCGAGUCCAUCAGACAUGAACUCAGGAGACAAACUGCUGUUACAGCAGGCGCGGCAGAACAAGCUAUCAACGCUGUAUGACUCUCAACCUUACUCAGUGAUACAACGUAGGGGACCGAGCCUUAUUCUGCAGCGAACAAAUGGACAAGUGUUCAUGCGCAAUGUAUCGCAGGUCCGCAAGUUGCACCAGAACACUGCUGUACGGGAGGAAGGUGAUUAUGGGAUGGAUUUUGAUCUUCCACAGGCAAUGAAUCCUCCACGGGCAGCGGAACAAGAUACGCGAAGAUCUGCUCGUGUCAGACGUGCACCGACACAUCUGAGGGACUAUCAGUUACACUGA